CUCCAGCACGCCGUCAUGGCUGAGCCAGCUGGCCUGCCGCCGCCGCUCCGCCCGCCCACCGCGCCGCCUCCACCGGCCGUCGCGCGCGCGCUGCACGCGAUCAACACCUGCACCUCCCCCGCGGCCCUCGGGCCAAUGCGCGGCGGCAUCCUCCGCGACCCCGCGCUCCUCCGCAGCACGACCGUCGUCUCCGCCUUCUUCCUCGCCUGCGGCCGCCUCCGCAGCCUCGACCCCGCGCUCGCCCUCUUCGCCUCGCUCCCGCGGCCCCACGUCUUCGUCUUCAACUCGCUCCUCCGCUCCCUGCCCCCAGCCCCCGCCUGCUCGCCGCUCCCGCUCUUCCGCCACUUCCUCGGCCUCGGCGUCCGCCCCAACCGCUACACCUUCCCGCUUAUCCUCACCUCCCUCUCCUCGCCCCGAGACCUCACGGUCGUGCACUCCCAGGUGGCCAAGUCCGGUUUCGCGCGCAACCUCCACAUCCAGAAUGCCCUCCUUGCGCGCUACGCGACCUGCGACUCGGACCUGGCGCACGCCGAGCAGCUGUUCGACGAAAUGACACGUCCGGACGUCGUCGCGUGGACAACGGUGAUCACCGCGUAUAGGAACCGCGGUCGCAGCUUCCAGGCUCUGGCCGCCUUCCGGCGGAUGUUUGCUGCUUCUGUUGCCCCCAACCGCGUGACCAUGGUUUCCGCGCUUGGUGCCUGUGCAGCACAUGUUGCCAUCAACACCGGCGUCUGGAUCCAUCGGUACGUGCAGAAGCAGGGAUGGGAACUGGACGUGGUAUUAGGCACCGCGCUUGUUGACAUGUAUGGGAAGUGCGGACACGUUGCAGAAGGAGUACGUGUGUUCUCUGAAAUGGUCGAGAGGAAUGUCUAUACUUGGAACUCUAUCAUUGGCGCACUUGCUCUGGCACAGGAUGGAGAAACAGCUCUGCAAUGGUUCUUCCGGAUGGAAGCUGAUGGUGUACGGCCAGAUGCUGUCACUCUGAUUUGUGUUCUUUGUGCAUGUGCGCAUUCUGGGUUUGUUGAUAUUGGGAGGAAAAUAUUUAACUUGAUUGUUCAAGGUGAGUAUGGGUUUCGACCUGGGAUCAAGCACUUUGGAUGCAUGGUUGACCUUCUUAGUCGCUCUGGACACCUGGAUGAUGCCUUCAGGCUUGUUGAGACAAUGCCAUCACAGCCAAAUGCUGCCAUCUGGGGCUUGCUAUUGCGGGGUUGCAAGGCCCAUGGUGACUCAAUAUUGAGUGAACAUGUGACAAUGCGGCUGGUAGAGCUGGAGCCUGAGAAUGCAUCACAUUAUGUGCUGCUAGCCAACUUGUAUGCUGGGACAGGGAGGUGGCUGGAGGCAGAGGAGGUCUUGAAGUGGAUGAAGAAAAAAGGAUUGACAAAGGAUGCUGGCUGGAGCCUUAAGAUGUUAGAGAACAGCUCAAGCACAUAUAUAAGCGACGGAGAUUUGAUGGAAUGUGCGCUUCAUGACUCAUCAAUAUGUAUAUCCUACCAUCAUAAAGGUGCACAAAGCUUCCAACGGGACAAAGCUCUUGAGGAGAUACUGUUACGAAACAUGGCUCCUUUGACUCCAAGACUGGUAGUGCCCAUAGAUGUGAAGAAGCAGCCAUGGGAGCAAAAGAUCCCUCUCCAUAACCGCUGGCAUCCAGAUAUCCCUCCUGUUGCUGAUGUAACUGAAGGGGAAUUGUUCCGCGUUGAGAUGGUUGAUUGGACUGGAGGGCGGGUUAGGGAUGAUAACUCUGCAGAUGAUAUCAAAUUCCUUGAUCUCACAAUUACUCAUUAUCUUAGUGGCCCCCUAAGAAUAGUUGAUUCUGAAGGGCUUCCAGCUUCACCUGGUGAUCUUCUUGCAGUAGAGAUCUGCAACCUUGGUCCACUUCCUGGCGAUGAGUGGGGUUAUACUGCAAUAUUUGAAAGGGAGAAUGGAGGUGGAUUCCUAACUGAUCACUUUCCUAGUGCAAGAAAGGCCAUUUGGUAUUUCGAAGGAAUUUAUGCAUAUUCCCCUCAGAUACCAGGUGUUCGUUUUCCAGGAUUAACUCAUCCUGGUAUAGUAGGAACUGCACCAUCAGUUGAACUUCUUCAUAUAUGGAAUGAAAGGGAGAAAAAGUUGGCUGAGACAAGUCCAGAGACUCUUAAAGUGUGUGAAGUCCUACACCAGAGGCCCCUUGCUAAUUUGCCAACCCCUGAGAACUGCUUACUUGGAAAGAUUCAGAAAGAGACGGCUGGAUGGCACAAAAUGGCAAAUGAAGCAGCCAGAACUAUUCCUGGAAGGGAGAAUGGUGGGAAUUGUGACAUAAAGAAUCUAAGCAGAGGUUCCAAAGUUUAUCUACCAGUAUUUGUUGAAGGAGCAAAUCUUAGUACUGGUGAUAUGCACUUCUCCCAGGGCGACGGUGAAGUUUCAUUUUGUGGUGCAAUUGAAAUGAGCGGAUUCCUUGAGCUCAAGUGUGAGAUCAUAAGAGGUGGGAUGAAAGAAUACUUGACCCCUGUUGGUCCAACGCCACUACAUGUGAAUCCUAUCUUUGAGAUAGGUCCUGUCGAGCCACGUUUCUCAGAGUGGUUAGUAUUUGAGGGCAUCAGUGUGGAUGAGUCUGGGAAGCAGCAUUUCCUUGACGCAUCAGUUGCCUACAAACGUGCAGUUCUGAAUGCCAUCGAGUACCUUUCCAAAUUUGGGUACUCCAAGGAGCAGGUAUAUCUCUUACUAUCAUGCUGUCCAUGUGAGGGUAGGAUAUCCGGAAUAGUAGAUUCUCCUAAUGCAGUGGCAACUCUUGCCAUUCCUACAGCAAUAUUCGACGAGGAUAUAAGGCCAAAACAUUUGAGAGGGAGACCAGGACCAAAAUUGAUAAGACUUCCAGAUCUUCUGAGCUGCUCAAGUGAUGGACACCUUCCUGUCACCCAAGACCAAAGUGGUAGAAGUGAACCCUAGAGAUGAAUAUGAUCUAGAAAUUGAUGAGUAUCCUUCUACUUAUACAUAUAAAUAAUCAUCUUUUGUUGUUCCAACUUCCAAGAAUCAUCUAUGUAUGUUGGCUGGAAUCCAGAAUGUAGAUCUUUAAUUUGUCAGGCAAUCAUCAUGUAUGAGGAUAGAGACACCUGAGUGGUGCCAUAUUUUCUAUAUUGCUACAAAGUUGUGCUAUGAGUAAUGUUAAUAAAUUAAUUUCGCUCUCUA